AGUAACGUGUGUUGUUUGAUUUCUUCUCUUCUUCAUCAAUUAUAUAUACAUACCACCCACCCAGCCACCUAUACAUACAUACAGCCACCUAUACAUACAUCUUCUUUCUCUCUCCCUGUUUUUCCGGCGAAUUAAAUCGUAAUCUCUCACCGUCACAGCUUCCCGAUUCCGAUUCCGAUUCCGAUCAAGUUACAACAUAUAUAUAUAUAUACAUAUAUAUAUAUAGUGGAUUGGAAUUUGAAACCCUAAAUACAUAACGUAUGAGCUGGUUGUUGAUAAAUCACUUCUUAAUUACUUGUCUUCUUUUUCAAUUUGAUAAACCCUUGGAUUAUAGAAGUAGUAGUGAUAUUAUAAUUUAUAGUAAUAAUUAUAGUUUAAUUUUGUUCAAUUUAUUUCAAUUUUUUGUUGAUAAAUCAUCAUUGUUGUUGGAAAAUUUGUUAUGGAUUCCAAAAGACAAGACAAGUGUAAUAAUCCUCAAUUGAAACAAGCAAUUUGCUAUUCAAAUGCUGAAGCAAGGCGUCCAGCCUCACCGUCUGUUAUUGUAAUUGGUGGUGGUUUUGCUGGCAUAUCUGCUGCGCGUGCGCUUCAUGAUGCUUCAUUUCAGGUUACUUUACUUGAAUCUCGUAAUAGAAUUGGUGGCCGGGUUCGCACUGAUUACUCAUUUGGUUUUCCUGUGGAUUUAGGUGCAUCAUGGUUGCAUGGAGUUUGCAAUGAAAAUCCCUUGGCUCCAGUCAUUGGAAGACUUGGACUACCUUUAUAUCGGACCAGUGGUGACAACUCAGUGUUAUAUGACCAUGAUUUGGAGAGCUAUGCACUAUUCGAUAUGGAUGGGAUUCAAGUUCCUCAAGAAUUAGUCACACAGGUUGGAGAAACAUUUGAGACUAUAUUGGAAGAGACUAAUAAGGUGAGGGAAGAGUUCACUGAAGACAUGUCUAUACAGCGGGCAAUAUCAAUUGUAGUUGAAAGAAACCCUAAACUAAGGUUAGAGGGCCUUCCUUAUAAAGUGUUGCAGUGGUACUUGUGUAGAAUGGAGGGAUGGUUCGCUGCAGAUGCUGAAACAAUAUCUCUUAAAUGCUGGGAUCAGGAAGAAUUGCUUCCUGGCGGGCAUGGACUUAUGGUGCGGGGUUAUUUUCCAGUGAUAAAUACACUUGCAAAAGGACUUGACAUCCGAUUGAGUCACAGGGUUACGAAGAUAAAUAGACGUAAGAAUGGUGUGAAGGUAACUGUUGAAAAUGGAACCACAUUUUUUGCCGAUGCAGCUGUUAUUGCUGUACCACUUGGCGUUUUGAAGGCAGGCAGCCUUAAAUUUGAACCAAGACUACCCCAGUGGAAGGAGCAAGCCAUAGCUGACCUUGGAGUUGGAAUCGAGAACAAGAUAAUUUUGCAUUUUGACAGAGUGUUUUGGCCAAAUGUUGAAUUUCUAGGAGUGGUUGCAGAGACUUCUUAUGGAUGUAGCUACUUUCUUAAUCUUCACAAGGCCACGGGUCAUGCCGUCCUAGUUUAUAUGCCCGCAGGACAGCUGGCAAAAGAUAUCGAGAAGUUAUCAGAUGAAGCUGCGGCUAAUUUUGCUUUCCUACAUCUUAAAAAGAUUCUUCCUGAUGCUUCUGCCCCAAUUCAGUAUUUAGUUUCUCAUUGGGGCAGUGACAUUAAUACGCUUGGAUCCUACAGCUAUGAUGCAGUAGGCAAACCCCAUGAUCUGUAUGAGAGGCUGAGGAUCCCUGUGGAUAACUUAUUCUUUGCAGGAGAAGCAACAAGUACCGACUAUCCAGGCUCCGUACAUGGUGCGUAUCACACGGGUCAGUUGGCUGCAGAGGACUGCAGAAUACAAAUCCUGGAACGUUACAAUGAGGGGGAACUUUUCCAGUCGGCCAUGGGCGAGGACACCCCUGCGUCUGUCCCAUUAUUGAUAUCCCGUUUUUAAACUCGAAUACCAAUGCUCUAUGGAUUUAUCAUAAUGAUUUGUGUUGGACUUUGUAUCACGGAUGGUCUGAACUAUGAGAAUAUCAGUUAACAUUAA